UUUGACAAUUACACCAAGCAGGGGCAGCAUACUCCAAUGAAAGAACCCACAGCCAGCUCCCAUCUCCGUAUGCUGCACACCGAUACCAAAGAUGCAAUGGCUAGACCCCACAUGUCUCCUGCUAUGCUAGAAAGGGGUGCACUUUCCACAGGAAGUAAACGCAACAGAAGUUCUGUCAACAACGAUGACCAUGAAUUUGUCUGCCAGAAGACCCACAGAACUGAUCAUCCGAAAUGCAAAAGAUCUCUUAAUCUUGAUGCCAGCAGAAACUGUGAUUUCGAGGUGAAGACUGUCGACUCCAAUAAACCCACCGCUGAGGACAAGUUGAGCAAAUGUCUUGAUUCAUUGGAACUGACAACAUCUACUGUGACCGGCACCGCCACAAAAGCAACUGAGGUGAGGACUGUCAGCUCCAGUGAAGCCACUGCCGAGGAUGGAUCCAGCACAUGUCUUUGUCCAUUGACACUAACAACAUCUGGCAUGACUGCCACAACUAGAAAAGCGAUUGUCAGCUCCAGAAAAGGCACUGCCGAGGAUGGUCCCAGUUCACUGGAAUUAACAGCAUCUGGUGUUCAAGUUGUGACUCUGAAAAAUUAUGCAAACAAGAGAUUGACAAAGUUAAGAGAAAUUCCAGGUUAUGAAAAUCAGAGACUGAUUCGAAAAGCUUAUAAAAUCGUAAGAACUACCAAGGAGGAUAUUAAGGUGGUAUUUAGAGAAUCAUUUAGAGGGCUUGCCAGUUUUCACAAGAAAAAUAGCACUCUGUCUGGGCAGUUUGGCCCUGAGAAUUUUGCUGUCUCUCCCGCUGACAAUUCCGUGGAAAUGAUAAACAUCCUUCCUCUAGUGACAUACUCAAAAGUUCUGGGAAACAAGGAUUAUGAUACCUUUGUCAAGACGGUUGAAGGCCUGUAUCAAGGACGAGGAGAGCAACUUCCACCAGAUGUUUCUAAGUGGCUGGCUCUUAUUUCAAAGGGUGUCAACUUCUGCAGUCCAGUCCUGAUUGCUAACUACAUACUGAUGAUGCCCGCCGAAGCUGCUUAUGGAAUGUUUACAUCAAUUCUCCAUAGUAUGAUUGAAUUUGAGAAGAAGAAGAGCCACCAGUUUCAGAGAAUGCUAAAGUCCGAGCCAAUGCGCAAAUACAAUGGCUGGCAUACAUGGGUUCUUGAUCCUCUUCUCGAUGAGACUUAUCAUUGGACGGACCCUGUGACUGGCAAAGGAUCAACCUACGAGAACAACGUUAUGGGUCUCUUGAAGCUUCUAAGGAAUUGCUUUGAGCACAAAGCUAAAAAGUACCACAAGGAGUUCCUCGCUAUGAUUCUAUCUUUGAGGGUUGAUCUCUUGCCUGACGUCCAACAGGUUCUACUUGAUGCUGGAUAUCUUAAAUUCAUGCGUCUCUGAAGGGUGCUGGAUAUGAUUCUUUGUGCAUAAUUCGCCGCUUUCUGGAUUGAAGCAGUUCUAUGAAAUGGCGGGACACUGUAGAUAUAAUGAAGGACAUACUUGAAGAAAUGACUGGUGCGAACGUGCACACUGUCGAUCUGAGCCAGAGAUGAUUAGCUCGACCUUGUGGCCCCUGGUGCUGAGUGCUGACUUGUGUUAGUGAUGCUGUCUAUUGUUGUGUAGCUUACGCAGAAUAAUAAUGUUUGUUCUUUAGUUUUUUUCUUUG